AGGCACCGGAGAAGCGCUUGUGAGCGCGGCGGCGCGAGGGCGGCCCCAGCCCUGGGCCCCGCAGCAGCGCCGCCGCCCGCGCCAGAAAUCGGCCUCGGACGAGAUGGAAGCGGAGAAGCGGCCGGCGCCCUACGAGGGCCUGUUUGCCGACGGGCACCUGGUCCUGUGGACGCUGUGCUCGGUGCUGCUGCCGGUGUUCAUCACCUUCUGGUGCAGCCUCCAGCGGUCGCGCCGCCAGCUGCAUCGCAGGGACAUCUUCCGCAAGAGCAAGCACGGCUGGCGCGACACGGACCUGUUCAGCCAGCCCACCUACUGCUGCGUGUGCGCUCAGCACAUUCUGCUGGGCGCCUUCUGCGACUGCUGCGGGCUGCGCGUGGACGAGGGCUGCCUCAAGAAGGCCGACAAGCGCUUCCCGUGCAAGGAGAUCAUGCUCAAGAGUGACGGCAGGGCCCUGGACGCCAUGCCCCACCACUGGAUCCGGGGCAACGUGCCCCUGUGCAGCUACUGCGUGGUCUGCAAGCAACAGUGCGGCAACCAGCCCAAGCUCUGCGAUUCCAGGUGCAUUUGGUGUCAGAAAACAGUACAUGAUGAAUGCAUGAAAAGUAGCCUGAAGAAUGAAAAAUGUGAUUUUGGAGAAUUCAGAAACCUCAUCAUCCCCCCAAGUUAUUUGACCUCUAUUAAUCAGAUGCGUAAAGACAAAAAAACGGAUUAUGCAUUGCUAGCCUCUAAGCUUGGAAAGCAGUGGACACCAUUAAUCAUCCUGGCCAACUCUCGUAGUGGAACUAACAUGGGAGAAGGGCUGCUGGGAGAAUUUAGGAUCCUCCUAAACCCAGUCCAGGUUUUUGAUGUAACUAAAACACCCCCCAUCAAAGCCCUGCAGCUUUGCACUCUUCUUCCCUAUCACUCAGCCCGGGUGCUCGUCUGUGGAGGCGACGGCACGGUGGGCUGGGUCCUGGACGCGGUGGACGAGAUGAAGGUUAAGGGACAAGAAAAGUACAUUCCCCAGGUCGCAGUCUUGCCUCUGGGAACAGGCAACGAUCUGUCCAACACCCUGGGCUGGGGCACGGGGUACGCCGGGGAGGUCCCGGUCGCACAGGUCUUAAGAAAUGUGAUGGAAGCAGAUACAAUUAAACUAGACAGAUGGAAGGUUCAAGUAACAAAUAAAGGGUACUACAACUUAAGAAAACCCAAGGAAUUCACCAUGAACAACUAUUUUUCCAUUGGACCUGAUGCUCUCAUGGCUCUCAAUUUUCAUGCUCAUCGUGAGAAGGCACCCUCUCUGUUUUCUAGCAGAAUUCUUAAUAAGGCUGUUUACUUAUUCUAUGGAACCAAAGACUGUUUGGUGCAAGAAUGUAAAGAUUUGAAUAAAAAAGUUGAGCUAGAGCUGGACGGCGAGCGAGUCGAACUGCCCAACCUGGAAGGUAUUAUAGUUCUGAACAUCGGAUACUGGGGCGGUGGCUGCAGACUGUGGGAAGGGAUGGGAGACGAGACUUACCCUCUAGCCAGACACGACGAUGGUUUGCUGGAGGUCGUUGGUGUGUAUGGCUCUUUCCACUGUGCUCAGAUCCAAGUGAAGCUGGCAAACCCUUUUCGAAUAGGGCAAGCACAUACAGUGCGGUUGAUUUUGAAGUGCUCCAUGAUGCCAAUGCAGGUGGAUGGGGAGCCGUGGGCCCAGGGGCCCUGCACGGUCACCAUAACUCACAAGACACACGCACUCAUGUUGUAUUUCUCUGGAGACCAGACGGAUGAGGACAUUUCCAGUACUUCAGAUCAAGAGGACGUAAAGGAAACCGAGUUGACGGAUGAGGAAAUGCAAGUUUAGAGUAAAAUCCACACGCAAGCAGAUACGUGGUCGUCCAGAAGUUAGAAAUUCCUUAUCAGCUGUUUAGUCUGAUUUUCACCAGUAGUAUGAUGGGGAUACAUUUAUGUAAAUAGCAUUCCAGAAACAGCCAAAUUUCCGGUUGUUUACAGACACCUGUUCCUUUUUCAGGAAAACACCCCAGUCAUAUUGUACUAACUUUAAAAAGUCACAGAACGUUAAUUACUCGAAGGUGAGGUGUUUUUCGGGGCUGCUUGUUUGAGAGUGGGACUCGCUCUGAGCCCUGCCCCCCUCAUUCCUUAUUCUCAAAUACACAUUGAUGGACACAUUACAUGUCCAGCAAGAUGUAGGUGGAAAAAUCAUUGCCAUCUUAAUUCUUAAGGGGUAACACAAUAACAUUUUAAAAAUGAACCUGCUUUUUUGAGAGGAGAUGAUGUGUCCAACCAGCACGGGUAAUGCGGGCCUUCCUCCUGCAGCUUGUCUCUGACAGCUUUCUGCAGCCCAGCAGAGCAGAUCCCUGCGGAUCUUUUUCCAGAAGACCUACAAGGAGAAAUGUUAAAGAAAGACAAUACUUAAAUUUUUGUUGUAAUUUUUAUCUUGAGAGCAUUUUCAGACCCCCAAAUGUUGCUUGCUUAACCCUGUUAAUGACCACGUUGAACUUGAAUUCAGCAUCUUGUUUAUGACCCCGUGUAGACAGAAGACAACCACGUAGGUGAAUUGGUGAAGGUUAACAUUGAGAACACUUUGGAUUGAAAGUUAGGGUUUUCAAGCUGGAUGGUUGACCUGUUUCUCCUGAAAAGAAGACAGUAUCAACAAUUCAAAAAAAGUACUGCAGAAAAUGUAUUAGUCAUAGUAAUUGCUCAAAAACUUCUAAAAGUUCAGUGGUGUUGUAGUAUUUUGAAGUACAGUAGUCUUUUAUAUCCAAAGUACUUAACAGAAUCCAUGGAUUCAAAAAAAAAAAAUCCAUGGAUUCUGUUAAGAAUCACAGACAGAAUCCUGUGCUAAAAUGCUUUUAUCAUAUUUAUUUUAAAAUGAGAGAGAUAUUUUUUUAUUUAUUUAUUUUCUUCAUUGUGGUAUACUUGUGUUUAGUGUUUAUAAUAUAUGGCUUUAUUUAAUAAGUUUAUCACAUAAAUUCAGCUAGUCAAAAUCAGAAUUGUAGCCUAUUGACUAAAACCCAUAAUUUAAUUCUGACAUAUAUAUAAUCUAGAUGUUUUCCUUCUUCAGAAAUAUUACUCAAGAUUUUUUAAAAAGAGGGAAAUGAAAGCACUGGCAAACUUUUGCAUAACUGAAAGUUUCAUUUCUUUAUCUGACUGACCCUCUCUGCCAGGAACUUACUGAAGGGCUAGUUUCAUGGUUUCCCCACUAGAGGGCGCCCUUCUGGUGUCUGUUGGCCUGCUCCCUCACUGGGCCUCCAGCCUGGUGUUUUCCUAACAAAUGGCGCAUUUUGUGGGCUUCGUGGUCUUUCAUGAUGUUAGUCUCUGAAAGAAUAGAAUGCAUCCUCCAAAACAACAUUAGUUUCCUUGAAGGAUCUGUUUAUGGCAAUUCAGGGAUGACAGAUCCAUUAACUUAAAUUUCAUUCGUCAGGCUGAGGCCAUGUUUUGAAGGAAAAACUUAGUAGUGAUACAGUAGUCAGUGCAUUUUAUAUAUAUAAAAUACUUUUUUUUCUGCUUAAAUUAACCUCUUCCAUUUCCUAAGAGGAGAUGCUGAAUUCUGUAUUGAAAGAUUUUGUAAACAAAUCUGUUUCACCUUUUUCAUACACCUUCAUCAAGGUUGAUGAAGGGAGAGUCUUAACAGAUUUUCAUUUAUGGACUGAUCAUGUUUUAAGUGUAAUGAAUUUGAUCUCUUAACUCAUGGUCAGCAUUGUUACAGAUGUCACAUUUUAUAAAUAUACUGUUAAAUUCACUUUGCUUUAGGCUGUAAUUUAUCUGUAAUAUAAUUCCAUAGUGCUAAUUGUAGAAUCAAAGUAGAUGGUUUGGGAUAUCAGCAUUAAAAUGAUCAAAAUAAUUAGGUUUUUUUGUUAAAACUAUACUCUAACCAUAAUGUUACAUUGGAUUUAGAACAGGUCUAUAUAACACCCUCAUGUAUUUAAACAAAUUGUUUUUUUAAUUUUCGUAAUCCAGUGAGGUUUUAUCCCCCCAUUCACUCUGCAAGAAGUUUCUUCUGUUGCCUUAUUCAGUCAUUCAGGCUUCAUUUCCAUUUAGGAAAGUUAUUUCUGAAUGCCAUAUCAUAAAACACCGUUUUAGCAAAGUCCAUUUACUUUUUAGGCACAUGUACCCAGCAUUUUAAAUAAACCAUUAGGCAUAGGUCUUGUUUUAAAUAAGGUCAGUUUACAAGGCUCACAUUUGCAAAUUGUACAUUAGAGUAGCGAUGUCAGCUGCACCAGGCAUUCUGUACUUUGCAAAGAUAAUUUGCCAUAAUACUUUCCUGUUCCAUUUUAAGUCAUUUAGACUUAAGCAUAAUAACAAAUUCUACAUUCUCAGGAAGAAAUAUAUGAAGUAAAGCCUGUCUUCAUGUCUGUCUUUAGAUUCGUUCUAUCCUUUGCUGUCCGGGUGCAUUCCUAACUCCUUCAGCUUAGCAGCCUAAACACUGAGUACCCGGCAGCGUGUAUGGAUCCCAUAAGUAGGUGGUGAUAAGUUCAGUGCUUUGUUAUGUUCAUUAGAAAUCAGACCGACUUGGGUUUUAAAAUGCAGGUUGUCUGAUAGUGAGAUUACAAGAUCCUAAAGGACUUUUAGGUUUUCUGCGAUAGCUGUGAACCCUUAAUGUAGCUAAUGUUUAUAAAAAUUUUAUAGUCAGAAUUAUUUUUAUUUUUGUAGGGUGUGUCAAAACAUGUAGUAUUUGCUUUUUGCAGUAUGUUUGCCUAGAGUUGUAAAUAUUCUGUGACUCAAAUUGCCAAGUUCUUUGUGUUGUAAAAAUGAAUACUACCAGCAUGUCAAAAGAAAAAUGGUUUGCGUUUGUAAUAUAAAGCAAAAUUGUAUUUACUAUAUAUUACGGAAUUUUAAAUUUGCACUAACUAGGAAACUUUAAAGGUUAUGUUAAUUUACAGAUUCAUGUGGAUCCGAAUACACAGUUUUUACUUGUUCGGCCAAAAGGGUCAGUAGAAAAGGUGAUAGUUUUGUGUGUUUUUUUCCCUGAUAUGAUAAUAUUGAAGCAAGAACCAGCACUUUCUAUUCAGAAUUCUUUUUAAUUCUUCCUAAUUUGGAACAAUAGAAUAUAGGUAGAUUUAUUUUUAAAAGUACCUAGGAAUUUAAAAAGAGAAAAGAAUGUUACUCUGUCCCAGUGUGAGUGAAUGAAGGUAUGUUCUCAGCGAUAAGACGGAAGCGGCGGUUUUGGUUUUGCUUUGGCUUUGAAAAUAUGCCCCUGCCUUUCUCAGAUUUUCCCUUUAAGUCCUGUCUCCUGUUUCUCAAAGUGUGAUCCACACAUUGUCUGCAGCACCAGAAGUACCCCCAGGCGUGAGGGCUCUGACCCCAGAGCCCGGCCCCUGACCUGAGGCAUCAGUGUCUCUGGCAGUGGGACCAAGGGAGACUGCAGUUUUACUCACAGGCACCUUGGGUGCUUGCGCAACACACGAUGUUUCUCAAGCAGCUGGUCCGCACCUCAUGUGCUCACCCAGGGCUUUUGCUGGAUGGAUACCUUGCAGAAAAAUGGAAUGAACUGGAUGUUCUUAAAAUGGUUCCUCCUUCACUCCACUCACUGCGUACUAACCCCCAAAUCAUUCUUCUGAAGGAAUUCUGUGAACAGUUUGUUCCCUGUCUUCAAAUUCCUGGGUUCAUCUAGACUCAAUUACAUAAAAAUUGGUAGCUUCCGUUCCUUCCGUGGAAAUAGCUUUUGGACUGUGAUUCAUGGAGUCUCAGAAUAAGCAGUGCAGGGGGCCAGUGGAGUGGACCCCCAGGGGCUCCUGCUUUCUCACUUUGAUUGGACGCUGUUGCAGACAAGAUCGCAGUAGAUCAAAUUCUUCCUCUUUUUUGGGGGGGGAAGGAUUCUGCUAUUUUUUUUAAGGGUUUGGAAGCCACUCUUUUAAUGACUCGUCACCUGGUUCAUUUUCUGCUGAUUUGUACGUAUUCAAAAACCUCAUGGGUUUUGGUGAAAAAUACUUCGGAGGUCUCUGUUGCUGCUUGAAAUAUGACCAUUUGGCUAUUUCUCAAGGCUUAAAGCCAUUUUCUUGAACAGUAAAGCACUGGCUUAACCUCUAUUCCUCCUGUUUCUAAUUUUAAUGUAGAAAUGGUCCUGAUUAUUUUAGUUUUGUAAAUGCACACGUGUGCGCACACACAUACACAUUUAUCCUGCACCCUCCCCGGCCCUGACUGUAGUUGGUGCAUGAGGCUUGCAGAUAUCAAAAAGGUACAUUCCAAGGACCUGGAGAAAGAAUCCAAAAUGUCCCUCAUACAGAAGUUCAUAAAACAUAAUGACUGAACUUAGUCACCUGCAGAAACAUCUGAAGAAAGUCCCCUAGAAGCUGCAGAUAAACACAUGUUGCUGAUCCUAGACGCUUCCCCAGUCUUUGCUGCUCACUUCCUGGGCUGCCUCACCCCCGAAGGGAAGCGUCCACGCAGAACACACUGCACAAGAUAACCCACAGGAGGUUUCCACUGUGUGAUGCUUUUCGGUGACCAAUGUGGAAAGCUGGAAAGGAGAGCUGGGAGGUGACGUUGCCACCCUUGUUCCCCUCCCACUGACCAGGCAACACUCACGGACUGUGCCACAAGAGAACAUUCCUGCCGGAGGGGUAGCCAAACUAGUCCAGGACAGUGGCUCAUCAGAACAUUGGAUCUCGUUCCUCUGGUUCUUAGCUCUGGCAGCAGUCUUUCUCUGCAAUUUGGUCUACUUGAAUGAGCCCCACAGACAAUGGGCACUCUGAUUUGUAGUUCUAUCUAAUUCACGUUUAGAGCAGCCUGGAUCCUCGGCCCUGAUCACUCGGCAGGUGAGCUGGCUGAGCUGGCUCUCUGAGCCCACACUAUGCCCCAGCUGGUCUUUGUACGCCCACCCCCACUCCUGCCCACAGUGCCAGGUACUUAUCGCUUAAGUACCCCGUGUUACCAGCUUUGUUGUGUUCGCUCUGUAUCGUUGCCGAUGCCUACAGAGAAAUGUGAAUCAAAGCAUUCGAUACGUUGGAAACGUUUGCUUGUUUUUCAAUAAAAUUUAAAGUACAGCCCUCCAAAAACCAUGA